UAUUCAUUCAAUAAGUCUUUGGUCUUUUCUACAAUUUCUCUGCCUCUUUGUCUGUUUGUUUACUUUCUAGUCAUCAUUGUCCUAGUAAUUCUUGCUUUAUUUACCCUUCAGUCGUUGCAAGCGCGUUGCAAAGACUGUGAGACUGGAAACAGAAAGAAGGAAAGAAAGAGAAGAUUAUGAUGGAGUGGGAUAAGCAGCACCAGCAAAAAGAGCAAGAGAUUGAAGGGAAUGGGAAUGGGAAUGGAGGAGUGGGGUUUGUGAAGGUUAUGACUGAUGAGCAAUUGGAGACUCUCAGAAAGCAAAUUGCUGUUUAUGCUACCAUUUGCGAGCAACUUGUGGAGAUGCAUAAGAACCUCACUGCCCAGCAAGAUCUUGCAGGAGUCAGGAUGGGUAAUCUGUACUGUGAUCCACUGAUGACAUCUGUUGGCCACAAAAUCACUGCCAGACAGCGGUGGACUCCAACACCGGUGCAGCUACAGAUUCUGGAGCAAUUGUUCGAUCAAGGGAAUGGAACUCCAAGCAAACAAAAGAUCAAGGAGAUAACCUCUGAACUGAGCCAGCACGGUCAAAUUUCUGAAACCAAUGUUUACAAUUGGUUCCAGAAUAGGCGUGCUCGAUCAAAGAGGAAGCAACAGAAUGCAACAUCCAACAAUGCUGAAUCAGAAGUGGAGACUGAAGUUGACUCUCCCAAGGACAAGAAAAAAGGACCUCAGGAUCAACUGUUACAGUCCCAACAGAACACAUCAGCUCAAAGGGCUGAAGACUUGUGCUUUCAGAACCCUGAGAUGAGUUCUGACCUGCAUUUCUUGGAUCCACAGGGCAUUAAAGAAGACAAAAUGUUUGCAUCCAGCAGCGAUUUAAGGCCUUCGAGAGGUUUAGGCCAUAUGUCAUUCUAUGAUGAAGUGCUCUCAAGCUCAAGAGGAAAUGAGCUGAUGACAGGAAAGAUGGAAGUGGGAGGGAGCUAUAAUCUUUUCCAGCAGGCAGAAGACUACAGCAUGUGACAAGUUAUAUUUUUUAUGAAGAGAGAGCCCUGAUUGAGUUUGAUGUUUGGUUAUGCCUAACCUUAGCAGAGUUAUGGCUCCAUCUGAGUUGGAGGGUAGAUAGAUAUAGUGUUAUAUAGCAUGGGGGAUAUAUGAGAAUUUGCCAUUUGGGUUUUGUGUUUUGACUGAUCUGUCUUUAGGUGCCUUUUGCUUUUGUUAACAGAAAUAAUAUGUACUGAAGUAUUUGAGUCUAUUUUGAUGGUAUCUUUGUUAGCAAGAAAAGGUUUAAGUAUUA